UGAUGACGUAUAAUGCAAGUGACUGGAGUGCGUGCGCCGUUCAUAAGUUCGCGACGUGUAGUUUUCACGUGCUUUGGUUCCUGGCAGGAUGAAGUUGGAGCUGUCCAUGGUGGUGCAGGGCUGUCGGCUAGGUGUGCUGACAGGACUGGGCAGGGCAGGACAGCACUCCAUAGAGGUGCCGGGGUGCCUGCUGUACACCCGCUGCGGCACCGUGCCACACCUCACCCAGGACACUUUGCACACACUGAACAACCUGCCCUCCGUCACACAGCUCACCCUGAACACACUAGCGGAACACCAGGAAGUAUUGGAGGAGUUCAAGGAGGGAGUCAGGAAGUUUGCAGGUCUUCAUGACACGGUGUUGUACUGCUCCCUCCACGACCCUGCGACCUCAUGCCCCCCAGGUCACAUCACCAACAAGACGGUGUCUGUGUGGGGCAGUGGCGGUCGUAUCGAGCUGACGGUUGCGAAGUUCAUGGCUCUUCAGAAGGCUGUCCAGCCAGACCUGUACCAGAGCAUGGCAGAUGGAGAGACUUGGCAGAUCAACACUUCUCGCAAGAGGGUCCGCAAGUCAGUGGACCGCACCCUGGCCCACCUGGAUGAGUGUCUGCUGCUCCACCACAAAACACAGGAGCUGAGUGGGGUGGAGGUGUUGGGGGUGGUGGAGGGAGGAGAUGUGCUGGAGGAGAGGGUGCGGUCGGCCAGGGAGACGGCCAAGCGGCCAGUAGGAGGAUUCUGUCUGGACGGGCUCCAUACUGCAGCCAUGGAGACACACCUCCGGACCCAGCUCAUCACCGCCGUCAUCAAGGAGUUGCCUGAGGACAAACCCAGGCUGCUGCAGGGUGUGGGGCGGCCAGACGAGGUGCUGGCGUGCGUGGAGGCGGGAGUGGACCUGUUUGAGAGCUUCUUCCCCUUCCAAGUGACCGAGCGAGGCUGUGCUCUCACCUUCCCUUUCAACAUCACCACUGACCCAGAGGCAGCAGGUACAGGUGUACAGGUACCCCCAACAGUUGUGGAGUUGGACAAGUCCGAAGCUGCUGUAGGUCAGAAGAAUGGAACCGAUAAUCCCCAAGAAGACCAAACCAAGAUGACUCCUUUUGAGAUCAACCUGAAAGAUAAUAGGUACAGAGAGGACUUCAGUCCCCUGGUGGAGGGGUGUGGCUGCUACUGCUGCAGGAACCACCAGAGGGCGUACCUACACCACCUUCUGGUGACCAAUGAGCUGCUGGCUGGAGUACUGCUCAUGCUCCACAACACGGCCCACUACUACGCCUUCUUCACUGCCCUCAGGGGGGCGCUAGCCAGCGACAAGCUGGACCGCCUCAAGAAAAGAGUACUAGAAGGACCAGGCAAGGGGAUGAGCGGGGAGGGGGCUGGGGAGAGGGAUGGAUAGGUUUGUUGUAGAGGUAAGGGUGGGACAGGGAGGGGCUGGGGAGAAGGUGGGAGGAAUGGAGGGAGUGAUCCAGGUGAAAGUGUUGGGAGACCUUUUCUCUCCUUCCUUGAGGAGACUCUGUGGGUUUCAAAGGUGGCUAGAUGAAGGCAAAGUUUCUGUUUAAUUGCACUCACCUACCCAGUCAGAUCAGUGAUUACUUUCAGGCAGGAUGCAUUUUGGGGACUCCAAGGAGAAAUUGGCUUUGCAGCGGGCGGCAGUCAUCCAUAAAGACAAAAUAGGCAUCUCAACGAAUAAAAAAGAUAUGAUGAGAGGGAGCAAGAGGACCAGGUGAAGGGCCAGGAGGACCAGGUGGAGGGCGCCAGUGGAAAGGGGCCAGGAACACCAGGUGGAGGGCCAGUGGAAAGGGGGCAGGUGGAGGGCCAGUGGAAAGUGGGCAGGAGGACCAGGUGGAGGGCCAGUGGAAAGUGGGCAGGAGGACCAGGUGAAGGGCUAGUGGAAAAAGGGUGCAGGAGCACCAGAUGAAGGGGUGUGGAGGGCCAGUGGAAAAUGGGCAGGAGGACCAGGUAGAGGGCCAGUGGAAAUGGGGCAGGAGGACCAGGUAGAGGGCCAGUGGAAAUGGGGCAGGAGGACCAGGUAGAGGGACAGUGGAAAUGGGGCAGGAGGACCAGGUAGAGGGCCAGUGGAAAUGGGGCAGGAGGACCAGGUAGAGGGCCAGUGGAAAUGGGGCAGGAGGACCAGGUAGAGGGCCAGUGGAAAUGGGGCAGGAGGACCAGGUAGAGGGACAGUGGAAAUGGGGCAGGAGGACCAGGUAGAGGGACAGUGGAAAUGGGGCAGGAGGACCAGGUAGAGGGACAGUGGAAAUGGGGCAGGAGGGCCAGUGGAAAUGGGGCAGGAGGACCAGGUAGAGGGCCAGUGGGAAUGGGGCAGGAGGACCAGGUAGAGGGCCAGUGGAAAUGGGGCAGGAGGACCAGGUAGAGGGACAGUGGAAAUGGGGCAGGAGGACCAGGUAGAGGGACAGUGGAAAUGGGGCAGGAGGACCAGGUAGAGGGACAGUGGAAAUGGGGCAGUGCAGAUGCAAAGUUUGGUAACAGAAUGACUGCUCAAACAGCACAAACUGUCGUUCUGUUACCAAACUUUGCAUCUGCACUGUUCUUCAAAUAAAUGUCUUUUUGUCAAAUGUUCUGUGGAAAUUGUUAAAAGUAGUCCUUGUGCAGACCUGUAUCAUUAGUUUAACUUUGCAAUCAUUGUUUUUUGUUUGACAUACAUUUUAUACAUCGGUCUCGAUGUUACUGUGGAGUUGUCCUUCUAUAAACACCUCUGAUGCUGUCAGCAUCAUUUUACAAAUGCACCUGAUGCUGUCAGCAUCAGUCUUUAACCACCUCUGAUGCUGUCAGCAUCAUUGCCUAUUGCUUUAUUUAUCCGUUUUUCAUUUAGGUGAGGGAUAUUUUUCGCACUCAAUCAAGUAUCUGAUGAAAACUGGGAUAGUUUUUUCGCCCACGUCUAAUAAAAGUAAUUGUGCUUUAUA